GGUUGUGCUGUUGAAGUCUGAGCUGGCCUUCUCCUCCUCUCAUAUCGGAAAUAGAAGAGAGAGAGAGAGAGAGAGAGAGAGGGAGAGCUAGAAAAUCUCAGAAGUAAUCUCCAACAGAAAUCUAGAGAGAGAAAGAGAAAGAGAGAGAGAGAGAGAGAGAGUAAAGAGAGCGAUCUACAGAACAUAUCCCAACCCAAUCCCACUGCCUCCUGCGACCCCUCUCCCUCUGUUUAGUACAGAUCUCUGAUCAAUUUUCGCUCUUUUUAGCCUCGAAGGACCACUCCACCACCAAAAUCUAAGCGCACACAUGGAAUAAAGUGAGGCGUAUAGCUCCUGUCACCCGUAAAUGAGUUCCCAACCCUCGGCCGGUGGUGGGCCCCACGCCAGGUUCCCCGCCGGCCUCCGGGUCCUCGUCGUCGACGAUGAUGCCACCUGCCUCCGCAUCGUCGAGCACAUGCUCAAGAGAUGCGAUUAUUGCGUUACUACUUGUUCGAGGGCGGUCGAGGCGUUGCGUAUUCUUAGAGAGAAUAAAAGGGGGUUUGAUAUUGUGCUGAGUGAUGUGUAUAUGCCUGAUAUGGAUGGGUUCAAGCUCCUCGAGCAUAUCGGAUUGGAAAUGGACCUCCCAGUUAUUAUGAUGUCCGCUGAUGAUGGGAAGGAUGUAGUGCUGAAGGGUGUAACUCAUGGAGCAGUUGAUUAUUUACUAAAGCCCGUGAGUAUGGAAGCAUUGAAGAACAUAUGGCAACAUGUUAUUAGAAAGAGGAGGAAUGAAUCGAAGGAAUUGGAGAACUCCGGCAGUUUGGAUGAUAGUGACAAGCAGAAGAAGUAUUCCGAUAAUGGUGAUAGUGGCUCUUUAGGGAUUGAGGAGAAUUGGAAGGUUGUUAAGAGAAAAAAGGAAGGGGAGGAGGAAGAUGAGUUUGAGGAGAGAGAGGAUGCGUCUAGUCUUAAGAAACAGCGAGUUGUUUGGUCUGUUGAUCUCCAUCAACAGUUUGUUGCAGCUGUGAACCAACUGGGCCUUGAAAAGGCUGUUCCUAAGAAAAUCCUUGAGUUGAUGAAUAACCCGGCACUCACUAGAGAGAAUGUUGCCAGCCAUUUGCAGAAAUACCGCCUAUAUUUGAAGAGAGUAAGUGGACCACAACAUCAAGGAAGAGCCGACUCAGCUUUUUCAAGUGCCUCGGAUUCAUCAUUUAGUUCAGUUCCCUCACUGGAUGUUGUAGAUUUGCAGGCACUUGCUGCUUCAGGUCAACUUACUCCUCUAGCAAUAAUGGCUCUAAAUUCAGGACCAAGAAGUUUCUUUAACUCCAAUGCCCCAUUUGUAAAUUCUUCAAAGAUGCAGCCCGCAAUGAUGCACCGAGUGAAUAAUAACCAAAUGGGUUUGCUUUAUGGACCUUCGGCUUCUAUGGAUUCACGGCAAAUGGUACAAGCACAACAAAUUUAUAGAGCAUAUCAAAAUACGGGUCACCAAGUUAGUGAAGGGGCUCAAGGGUUGUUGAAGUUACCAUCUCCAGAAAGAACUAGCUCCUCAUUUUCUAGUGGGCUCAUUAGUGCAGGCUCGUCUAAUUCUUUUGUUGCACAAAUGAAUCCACAGAGACAGCAAAUUUCUUUACCGCAGCAUCAAGAACAAAUGCAAAUCGGUGUUCAGCAACCAUCAAGGGGGCAAUUUCUUAAUAGAGUUGUUGUUGAGCAUGAUUCUAAGAUUUCAUCAACUUUGGGACAACAAAUGGUUUCUAAUGGGGUUUCUAAUAACUUCUUAGUAAGAAGUGGAGCUAUAAUAAAUGGGAGGCCACCUUUACAAGUCAAUUACAUGAAUAUGCCUCCAUAUGCAGUUCCUCGAGCAUUAUAUUCUAACGUUCAAAAUCCUCAUGUGAGUGGCACCGUCAAUAGCAGUGUAAUUGCCAAUACUUUCACAGGGAUGAAACAAGAAGCCAUAACAAUAGCACAACGAGGUGUAGAACAAAUAGAUAGUAUCAAUAGCUUGAAAGAAGUGAAGGAUAUUGUCCCAAAUUAUGAUAUGUUUAGUGAUUUUAAUCAGAGCAAAAAUCAAGAAUGGAAGUUGCAGAACUUAAAUCUUUCUUAUGAGUCGUCCAAACAAGUUGGAACUCAGCUUAGUAGUAUAGAUUAUGGUUUCUCAAUCUCAGCUCAACGAGACGGAAAUGGUAUUAUGAAAGAGGGAGUACCUAGGAACACAUGCGCCAUGACAAAGGAGGUCUAUUCGAUGACACAAACAGCAAUUGAGCAUGAGAAAGUGGAGUUUGUUCCUCAAGAAAGUCUGUUUGCUGCUGCUGAUGAUAAUUACGACCUUGAGAGCAUUUUUGGAAGACAGCCAGACACAAAUGGACAUGUUGAGUUUAACUUCUAGAGGCAUUCUUUUGAGGCAUGAUUCAUCAGACACUCCGCGAUAUUUCAAAUUGAGAUGCACAAAAAUCUCAACAAGUAUCUUUUUUUUCUCUGGAAACUUUACCGAGCCACAUUGAAAAUGUUGGAAAAGGGAGUUGAAUGAGCUCCAGCUGAAGAUACAGUUCUCUUAACUUCCAAAGAACAUCAACUAACAAAGUCUUGAAUUCUUUUUAUUUAGAUCAUGAUGAAUGUUCAUUGUGUUUGCUUAGAGUGUGGUUUGAUUGAUAGAUAACAGCUCAAUUAUCUUCAAUGAGCUUCGAAGGCUGCAGUUCUAACUCCCAUAAACAUUUUUUUGUUGUUGUUGGAACCACAGUUGCAUGUAUAGGUUUCUUUUUUCUUUCUUUCAUGUAGACAAGAAUUGGUGCCUUUAUUUUUUUUUAUAUGUGAGAUUGCAUCCAUGCACUUCAUUGUGACUCUUAAUAAGAUUUGUAAUUAUGUUUAUGCUUGCCAUUUGUUUCC